CCAGAAUUAACUGGAAUUGUCGAUGAUGAGAAGGGAGAGAAAGUCACGGACCAGGAGGAGAUCAAGUUUGACGAAGAAGAGGAUCGGAAGAUUAUGGAAGAAGCCAAAAGGAAAAGACUCAAAGCCAAAGGGUACCGUGUACCACCCAAAAGACCAGAAUGA